UGUGGUGUUUGGUUGAGGUGUCCGUGAUCAACUGUCACUGUCAAUAUGGCUGCCACCGGGGUGUUGCCUUUCAUUCGGGGUGUAGAUUUAAGUGGAAACGAUUUUAAAGGUGGAUAUUUUCCUGAACAUGUUAAAUGCAUGACCAGUUUGAGAUGGCUGAAGUUGAACAGAACAGGACUCUGCUACUUACCAGAGGAAUUAGCUUCUCUUCAUAAACUGGAACAUUUGUCAGUAAGUCACAACAGCCUGACGACUCUUCAUGGGGAGCUCUCGAGCCUGCCAUGCCUACGGGCCAUUGUUGCUCGAGCUAAUAACCUGAAGAAUUCUGGUGUUCCUGAUGACAUUUUCCAGUUGGAUGAUCUCUCUGUACUGGACCUCAGCUACAAUCAGCUGACUGAGAUUCCAAGAGAAUUGGAGAAUGCUAAAAACAUGCUGGUGCUCAAUUUGAGCCAUAACAGUGUGGACAAUAUCCCAAACCAGCUCUUCAUUAAUCUGACCGAUCUGUUGUACCUCGACCUGAGCGAUAAUAAUCUGGAGAGUCUGCCUCCUCAGAUGAGACGUCUUGUUCAUCUCCACACACUGAUUUUGAAUAACAACCCACUCAUGCAUGCCCAACUGCGGCAGCUUCCUGCAAUGACUGCAUUACAGACAUUGCAUCUUCGGAAUACACAACGCACACAAAGCAACCUGCCGACAAGCUUAGAAGGCCUAUCCAAUUUGUUAGAUGUGGACUUGUCCUGUAAUGACCUCAGCCGAGUGCCUGAAUGUUUGUAUACCCUUUCAUCUCUACGCCGGCUGAACCUCAGUACUAACCAGAUCUCUGAGCUCUCGCUUUGUAUUGAUCAGUGGACACAACUUGAAACGCUAAACUUGUCACGUAACCAGCUGACUUCACUUCCUUCAGCCAUCUGCAAGCUGAUAAAACUAAAGAAGUUGUAUUUGAACUCUAACAAGCUGGACUUUGAUGGGAUCCCAUCAGGCAUUGGAAAACUGGCAAGUUUAGAGGAAUUCAUGGCAGCCAACAAUAACCUUGAGCUCAUCCCGGAAAGUUUAUGCAGAUGUGGAAAAUUGAAGAAGCUGGUUCUUAACAAAAAUCGCCUGGUCACUUUGCCUGAAGCUGUCCACUUCCUUUCAGAUCUGGAGGUUCUGGAUAUUCGGGAGAACCCUAACUUAGUUAUGCCACCGAAACCAGUGGAUCGAACAGCAGAGUUUUAUAACAUCGACUUCUCCUUGCAAAACCAGCUUCGCUUGGCUGGUGCAUCACCAGCCACAGUUGCAGCAGCUGGUGGAGGAGUCACUACUCGAGAUCCAAUAGCCCGCAAAAUGCGUCUGCGAAGAAGAAAGGACUCCAGCCAAGAUGACCAAGCCAAACAAGUGCUAAAAGGAAUGAGUGAUGUGGCACAAGAAAAAAACAAAAAAAUGGAGGAGGUGGGGGAAGUGAAGAGCACAGACUUAAAGACCAAGCGCUGGGAUCAAGGUCUUGAGAAACCUCCACUUGAUUACUCUGAGUUCUUCACUGAAGAUGUUGGUCAGAUCCCAGGGGUCAUGGUUUGGCAUAUUGAGAAUUUCAUUCCAAGUCAAAUUGAUGAGGCUUUUCAUGGAAAGUUCUAUGAAGCGGAUUGUUACAUUGUUUUGAAGACAACCCUUGAUGAGAAUGGUGCAUUGAACUGGCAGAUUUUCUACUGGAUUGGUCAGGAAGCUACUAUGGAUAAAAAAGCUUGUGCUGCUAUCCAUGCUGUCAAUCUCCGGAAUUUUUUAGGUGCACAGUGCAGGACAAUCCGUGAGGAAAUGGGUGAUGAGAGUGAAGAAUUUAGUUUGGUAUUUGAUAAUAUUGCUUACAUUGAAGGAGGAACAGCCAGUGGUUUCUACACAGUGGAAGAGACACAGUACAUCACCAGGUUAUUUCGGUGCUAUGGGAAAAAGAACAUAAAGCUCGAGUCUGUUCCACUUAAAGGCUUAUCACUGGAUCCUCGCUUUGUGUUUCUCCUCGAUCAUGGGCUUGAGGUUUACAUCUGGAGAGGCUCCCAGGCCACACUCAGUGCAAGCACCAAAGCCAGACUGUUUGCUGAAAAGAUAAAUAAAAAUGAGAGAAAAGGAAAUGCAGAGAUAAUACAACUAAUACAAAAUCAAGAGACACCAGAAUUCUGGGAGGCAUUGGGAGGACAACCUGAGGAGAUUAAAUGUCAUGUGAUGGACGAUUUUAAGCCAGUGCGGCCUAAGCUUUACAAGGUUGGCUUGGGUCUUGGAUACCUGGAGCUUCCUCAGAUUAAUUAUAAACUCUCCGUAGAGCACAAAGUGAAGCCAAAAGUUGAUCUGCUGCCAGAACUGAGACUGGUCCAGAGUCUUUUGGAUACACGAUCUGUCUAUAUUCUUGAUUGUUGGUCAGAUGUUUUCAUUUGGAUUGGACGCAAAUCUCCUCGAUUGGUCAGAGCUGCAGCCCUGAAACUGGGGCAGGAGUUGUGUGGCAUGUUGCACCGCCCCAAGCAUGCCAUUGUUAUCCGGAACCUGGAGGGGACAGAAUGUCAAGUGUUUAAAUCUAAAUUCCGUAACUGGGAUGAUGUCCUGAAGGUGGACUAUACAAGAAACGCGGAGACUGUGCUGAAGCGAGAAGGUCUUAUGGGGAAAGUGAAGAAGGACGCAGAGAAGGGAGACCAGAUUAAAGCAGAUCUGACUGCCUUAUUUCUGCCACGACAGCCACCAAUGCCACUUUCUGAGGCUGAGCAACUAAUGGAGGAGUGGAAUGAGGACCUAGAUGGAAUGGAAGGCUUUGUGCUUGAAGGCAAGAAAUUUGCGCGCCUUCCUGAAGAAGAUUUUGGUCAUUUUUACACUCAGGAUUGCUAUGUCUUUCUUUGCAGGUACUGGGUUCCAAUGGAGUAUGAAGAUGAUCAGAAAGAUAAAGAGAAGAUGGAAGAGGAUGGAGAUGAAGAAGAAAAACAACAAGAGGAAGACUUCCAGUGUGUGGUGUACUUCUGGCAGGGCCGUGAGGCUUCCAACAUGGGAUGGUUAACUUUCACCUUCAGUCUGCAGAAGAAAUUUGAGAGCCUUUUCCCUGGCAAGCUAGAGGUGGUGCGGAUGACCCAGCAGCAGGAGAACCUGAAGUUCCUUUCUCAUUUCAAAAGGAAAUUCAUUAUUCACAAAGGAAAGAGAAAGGCCCCAGAGAAUGGUCUGCAACCCAGCCUGUAUCACAUCCGCACCAAUGGCAGUGCCCUUUGCUCCAGGUGUAUCCAGAUCAGCACAGAUUCCAGUAUGUUGAACUCUGAGUUUUGUUACAUCCUCAAGGUGCCUUUUGAGAGUAUUGAUAACCAAGGAAUUGUCUAUACUUGGGUUGGACGUGCAGCAGACCCAGAUGAGGCCAAACUUGCUGAAGAUAUCAUGAAUAAUAUGUUUGAUGAAACGUACAGCAAACAGGUGAUAAAUGAGGGAGAGGAACCUGAAAACUUCUUCUGGGUUGGAAUAGGUGGAGAGAAGCAAUAUGAUGAAGAUGCAGAGUAUAUGAAGCACUCGAGACUUUUUAGGUGUUCCAAUGAGAAGGGCUACUUCUCUGUGUCUGAGAAGUGCUCAGACUUCUGUCAGGAUGAUCUUGCAGAUGAUGACAUCAUGCUGCUUGACAAUGGAAAAGAGGUUUACAUGUGGGUAGGAACACAGACAAGUCAGGUGGAGAUCAAACUGAGCCUUAAAGCUUGCCAGGUUUACAUCCAACACAUGAGAGCCAAAGACGGUGCUCACCCACGCAAACUACGGCUGGUCCGCAAAGGGAAUGAACCCCAUAAUUUCACACGCUGCUUCCAUGCUUGGGGUACCUUCAAAAAACCACUUGCUUAGGAUACUCAGUCACCAAUCAUGCUACAACGAGUGAUCUUCUUUGUUUCCCAUCCUUAGCUUCACAAAAAAAAAAUCAACUGAGAAGAUUUCCACUCAGAUGUUUUUCACAAAUAAACUUUGCUCAGCUCCCUAAAAGCACAUUAUUUCCUGUCAGUCGGUUACUGCAAUGAAGACUUGUUGAUUCACCCAAAGUUACAGAUGAAGUUUUUACAGUUCUUUACAUUAAUGAUGAGGGAUGACUUAAGUGAUUGCAGGAUUAGGUUAGAGCUGGUAUGGAGUUGUGUGACUGGAGCCAUCACUCCAUAUUCUGGAGUCAAUAGUUUUCCUGUAAACAGCACCAAGGAUUGAUUAAAUAGUAAUGUUACAGUGACCUUGCUGUGCCAGGUCAAUGUACGUAAUUAUGGCUGCACUUCAAGAAAAGGUAAACUGUGGAUUUAAUGUCUUCAGACAUGGUCUAUGAUGAACUUAAAGCUAGUAAGGGAACCUCUUGGCUCCUUCUGAUUAAGGAAAAACUAUUUAAAGUAAUACCUUCAAGACCUGACACUGAUGGAAAGCAAUAUUUAUUCAUGCUAUUUUCUUGGGUGGGUAAUUAGUGCCAAAAUUAAAGUAUUACCUAACUUGAGUCAAAUAUCAAUUUGAUCCAUGCCCAAGCUUAUUGUCAGUGACUACUGCUGUUAUUUGUAAAAGUAGAAAAAUGCACUGCACUGUUAAUGUUACAAAUGCUCGGUAUCUUGACCUGUAGAUUAAAAAAAGUAUGGAUAAGUA